UUCAAGGAGUUCCACAGUGAUGGGCAAAACCCUAGGCUUCGAAUAAAUCUGAAGUUUGCCGAUGUGUUUGUCUCGCUUCCUCUUUUGAGCAUUCUUCAAAGGAGGAAGCGAGACAAACACAUAUCGACAAACUUCAGAUUUAUUUGGUACACCCUGUAUACGAUGUAUUCGAAUAAUUUAAUAUACGAUUACAAAAUAAUCACUGUCUAAUUAUACGGACCCAGUUAAUUUUCUUUUAUCGAAAGAAUCGAAUUAAUUGUAGAAAAUAUACGAAUCUUAAAUUUUCCGCUCGUCGGCCAUGUUUGACUUUAGUUAGCCCCGAAAAGUAUGCAGCUGUAGCGGCGCUAAACCUCGAUCGUAUUUACGCGUAUUGGCAUAUUUAAGGCAGAGGCGCCUUUACUACGUUCUCAUUGAGCAUCAUUCGGUGAAAUAAAGACAUUUGAACACGUGUAUAUGCGAAAGUAGUGGUGAUUGCCGUGGACGUCGUGCGUAGAAUAGUCGAUCCUAGAAAUAUGAAAUAUAUUUUAGUUACCGGUGGUGUGAUAAGUGGAGUCGGUAAAGGUGUUAUUGCGAGUUCCUUUGGAACUAUACUUAAACAUUGCGGCAUUCAUGUGACGUCUAUCAAAAUCGAUCCUUAUAUAAAUAUAGAUGCCGGUACAUUUUCACCGUACGAGCACGAAGUAUAUGUAUUGGAUGACGGCGGAGAGGUGGAUCUAGAUCUGGGGAAUUACGAACGUUUCCUGGACAUCAUUCUGCACAGAGACAACAAUAUAACAACAGGGAAAAUUUAUCAACACGUAAUCUCUAAGGAAAGACGCGGAGAUUAUUUGGGAAAGACUGUACAAGUAAUACCGCACAUAACAGACGCUAUCCAAGAAUGGGUUGAAAGAGUUGCAAAGCAAUCUGUGACAGAGGAUGGCGAUAAUCCAGAAGUUUGUAUCAUCGAGUUGGGUGGUACGAUAGGAGAUAUCGAAGGAAUGCCAUUCGUCGAAGCUUUCAGACAAUUUCAGUUCAGAGUUAAAAAAGAAAACUUCUGCUGUGCUCACGUAUCUUUGGUACCUCGACCACGGUCCACAGGAGAACCGAAGACAAAACCAACCCAAUCCAGCGUGAGAGAACUACGUGGUUUGGGUUUGUCUCCCGAUCUUAUAGUUUGUAGAUCCGAGAAACCCAUAGGUGACUGUGUGAAAGAGAAGAUUUCAAAUUUCUGUCACGUCGCACCGGAACAAGUAAUAACCAUACACGACCUGACGUCUAUAUAUCGAGUGCCCUUGUUGAUGGAAUCUCAAGGCGUCAUUGAAUUCUUAAACGAAAGACUGCAAUUAAACUUAGCAAUGCCUCGACCACGGUUCUUCAUGAGGAAAUGGAGAGACUUGGCCGAUCGUAUCGAUCACCUGCGGAAGGAUGUAAAUAUCGUGCUAGUAGGAAAAUACACAAAAUUGGAAGACGCGUACGCGUCUGUCACGAAAGCAUUGCAGCACGCUUGCAUCGAAGUUGGCUACAAACUUAACUUAAAGUACAUAGAAGCUGACAAUCUAGGACGAGCUACGAAAACAUCCGAUCCUGUAUUGUAUCACGAAGCUUGGCAACUACUAUGCAAAAGCGACGGUGUCAUAGUGCCAGGAGGCUUUGGCAAAAGAGGGAUUCUAGGAAAAAUGGAAGCGUGUAAAUGGUGCAGGGUUAACGAUAAGCCCUUUCUUGGUAUUUGUUUGGGCUUGCAAGUGGCGGUUAUCGAAUUCGCGAGAAAUGUUUUGGGCAUAGAGACCGCGAAUAGCACGGAAAUCGAUCCGAGAACCGAUCAUCCUCUCGUCAUAGAUAUGCCAGAACACAAUUCAGGUCAGAUGGGCGGGACGAUGAGACUUGGUAAAAGAUACACUCGAUUCACGAAGGAGAACUCUGUCAUAAAACAAUUGUACGGUAACAAGGAGUGCAUAGAAGAGAGGCAUAGACAUAGGUACGAAAUUAAUCCAAAAUAUAUUAACAAAUUGGAAGAGGCGGGACUGCGUUUCGUAGGCCACGAUGAAGAGAACCUACGCAUGGAGAUCGCGGAGUUGGAAGGGCAUAGUUAUUACGUCGCCACGCAAUUCCACCCGGAGUAUUUAUCUAGACCUUUGAAGCCCUCGCCUCCAUUCUUAGGAUUAAUUUUAGCUAGCGUGGGAAAAUUAAAAUAUUACUUAGCUAAGGGUUGCAGACUUUCCCCUCAACAAGUUAGCGAUGACGAAUCCGAUGGGGAGUAUCAAGCGGAACAAAUCACAAAGCAACAAAUAAUCAGUGACGCGAGUAGAAGCGGCAGCACGACAUCUGGCACUAACGAUUAAACCGAUCGACUCAUUAUUUACCAUUUAAUUAUUUAUAAUUUGAAAAUGUUAUUUUUAUGUACAUACGGUAGAAUAAUGAAAAUUUUCUUUAUAAACAAAUGUCGGAUAUACAUUCAGACAUAUGUAUAUAUACAUAUAUCAAAACGACUAAAUAACGAUAUAGUUUGUAAUUUUACUAUGUAAGAUUUUCCAUACUACAAAAGGUUAAUGACUUUUUCUACUGUCUUGUUAAGCAUUAACUUAUAGGAAUUUAUUUUCAUGAAAUAGAUAAAUGAUACCGAUUAGUGCUUGCACUUCACGCGUUAAAUUUGUGUUCAGUUUUUUUUUCGUUCGAUUACAGUGUACAAAACAUAAUUUAUGUGUUCGCUAUUUAUUUAUUAACGAAACUUAUUCGUUGUAGGGUAAUCGUUGACAUCUUUGCGAUUGUAUUUUUUUACAAAUGUAGCAUGCUUUGUCGAUACUUUCAAAUGUACAUGUAGCUUCGCGAAUACAAGCUCGCGAUCAUUUAAAAAAACCAAAAAUUGUAAUUGUACUUAUACACGAUUUUUCCGUCAUCGUUUCGAUCAGUAAGUUGUAAACGUUAUGAUAAAAUUCAUUAUUUCGAUUAGUACAUGGUUUAAAUGAUACUAAAAUUGAAAACAUAUUUUAUGAAGAAAUAAAGGUUAAUGUUUUUUCACAAAUUUUA